AUGGAGGUCCGAAAUAACGUCAACGACGUAUGCUACCUUGAAUCGUUGCACGGGAAAGCCCUGCUUUCCCGUCUGGUGAAUUUUCAGCCGCUUACCAGUUCGCAUGCAAAGAUCAAAUCAUAUCCGCUCAACCAGAUCAAAAACCAAAGAGUACAAGAGGCUCUGGUGGUACGAGACUUACUCAAUGUACUGGUCGGGUUAGAAGGCGUCUACAUCAGAUACAACAACAGUUAUCAACCAGAAUUGGGGCUUCAAGAUGACAUUCGUGGUCCCGAUUUCAGAAUCGCCAAAAACAUGGAUCUUUCACUUAAAAGUUUCGCUAAAUGGAUUGUAAAAUUUGGCAAGAUUUACGUUGUUUUGACACGUUUCAGUGAGCGAUAUAGUGAGCCUGUUUAUGGAUCGGUGAUGCACCGGCUCUGUUUUGAGAUUCGACAGUUCCUAACCUACGAUUACGUGCGUAGUAUAAUUGAACAGGCAGAAGCUGAAUUCCAAACAAAUCCACUUUUCAGCAUUCGAGGUCUAGGACAGCUGCUCACACAGAACUGUGCCUAUAAGGCACAAUUACUGUACGAUUUGGUACAAGAGAUAAUGCGAGAAAUGAACCGUCGGGCGCUAAUGGAUCGCGAACAGGCGGAUUUUCAGAACUUCAUGCAAGAUCUGAAAAGGGACACUUAUAACAAUAAUUCCUCCCUCAAAAAUGAGACGAGCGCUCUCUUCAUAACCGAUUCACGUAUAAACAUUCAUGCGCGCGGUGGUGUGAUUUUGCAAAUGAUCCAAGACACCAUCAAUCUACACAGAGGCAACGAGCGUAACGUAAGCUUUCUCCAGAAGCUAUUCGAAGACGUUUCAGUGCAGUACUGCUCCAUGCUGGAUAGCUGGCUUACCAACGGUUCCCUGGAGGAUCCGUACGGAGAGUUCAUGGUCGCUGAUACCGCGAAAUCAUCAUCGCGUCAGGAAGCACUGCGACUCAAUUCAUUGAACAGUGAACGCCUCUGGGAUACACAGUACGUGAUACGGAAGGACGGGAUUUUGAAUGAUUUUGAUAAAGGGAAUAUAGCAUUCAAAGUUCUGAUGACAGGUAAACUGUUGGACCUAUUUCGCAACUGCUGUGAUCUGCAAACUACCAUGGGCAUCUUGCCCAAUGAAAAAUUGAAAUAUCCUCUCAAUAGAUUGCCGCAGAGAACAGAGCUUUUGUUAUAUGUGGAUUCGCAUUACUCACGCGCCAAUAAAUUGGCACACGUUCUGUUUUACACCGGAUACGAUCUACCGCGAGUACUUCAAGAAUUCCAUCACAACUUCCUGCUCUUUAACAACCCUGGCUUUUUCAAGAAGUUUUUCAAUCGUUCGCUAGUAGAACUUACUAAGCUCCGCAACGGCUCGGUUAUAGAGAAACUCCGAAGGACAUUUCGAGAGUAUCAAAGCUCUCGAGAAGAAGAAAACAACAAGGUAGUACUACCCUUGAUGAACUUACAACUUGACGAAAGUUGUUUUCAGCGGGUCAUCGAGCAGUUUUCUUCAGAAACAAGCACUGACAACGACAACGCAAACCUUUUACAGGCUAGUAACUUUGGGAACCUUCGCGAUUUGCUAUUACGAGAUUUAGACGUGCAAGAAAUGAGCGAGGGAAACCAAUCCAAGAGAACUGAGUUUGAUUACUCUAUUCAUCACCUACAAUUUGAGAUCAUUGUACCAUAUCCUUUUAACACCAUCAUUUCGAGGACUUGCAUCUUUCAGUACCAGGCAAUACAAAGGUAUCUCUUAUUACUGCAUUAUUACAAUAAGGUUCUCGAAGACACAUGGUUUGAGAUCAACAAAAGCAAGAUUUGGAGGCAUCCGGGCUUCAACAAAGACGUGCAUUUAUGGAUACGACGAUGCCGAGUGUUACAUUUCCGAAUGGCACAAUUUAUGAAGCUCAUGCUGGAAUAUACCAGUCUGGACGUUAUUCAGAACGGCUGGUCGGACCUUGAGAAGCAAAUAAAGAAUGCAACAUCAACAGAUUUCGACUUUCCACAAUUUCAGAACUCAUUGCAAGAUUUUCUGACGCAACAAAUGUCGCAUUCAUUGUUGACCAAUGCGUCAUUAGUACGAAUACUGGUUCAAAUAACAAACAUUGUCCAUCGGUUCUGCAAGUUCGUCACCUCGCUAAGGAAGACACUGUGCUCAUUAGACGUGCGUCUUUUCUCUUACUACCAUGGACAAUUGUCGGAUGAGGUGCAGUAUGACGAAAUAGCAGCUUUGCAGAAGCUUCAGGAACUGCAAAAACAUCUGACUUUAAUUUGGGACAGCUUUACUCAGCAUAAAAGUGCAUUCGCUGAAGGAGUAAGAUACUAUUGUAAUCACGGUUCUGUACGAAGCGGGCUGAACCCCGUUUUGGCGCUGGAAGAAAGGCUGCGAGACAUCGAGUUUGAUGGCUAA